GGGCGGGGCCUCGUGAACCCCGACCCGAGCUAGAAGGACUCUGCCCGCCUGUCCCCGGGCAGGGACGCGGGGGGUGCGGAGCUGGGAGGGGACCGGGAAGGCGGCGGUGUCCACCUGGGCUGGGGACUAAAGGUGGGGUGUGCCGAGAGCCCAGACCCCCGGGGUCGCUGGGAGGUUCACCCUCCCUUUUGCGUCCUGCUGCUCCCCCUAGGGGCCCUAAGCCCAAGAACCCUUCAGUGUGGAUGUUAAGCUCAUUCUUACUCUGGAACUGGAAACAAAGAGACCGAGGAAAGUACCAGAACCCCCCUCCCCUGCACACUGCACACUGCACACUUGCACGCCGCACAGCCGGCAAGCGGGUGGGCCUGCAGGCAGAGCCCCUUCGGCCCAGGGGUCCUGGAGGGUGCCUGUGUCCCCAUCCCGGGUGGGCGCAUGGUGCUCCUUCCAGUCCCAGCUCCCUAUGGGUGUUAAGUCCAGGGACCCUGCCUGUCUCUGUGCCUGCUUUUCCACCUAAUCCCUUCAGCUGGACCGCUUCUAGGUCAGGCCUGAGGAAUUGAAGGGACAAAUCAGGAUCCCAGAGGCAGUGUGUAUGUAUGGGGAGGGAGACUUAGGCCACCUCGAGAAAUCAAAUUCGGUGCUCAUUUCUCGAGGCUGCGGGGUGGCAGCACCAUGGGAGGCACCCAGGAUGCAGGGUGAGGCAUGGGCCCUGCCAGGUGGUAAACAACUCACCAGCCAAGCCGGGGAGAGCCGGGGAGAGCUGCCGAGCGCUGUAGGAGACAGGCCCCAGGAGAGGACCAGAGAUGUCGUGACAAAUGGCUGGACUUCAGACGUGUUCUCCCUACCCCUGCCCUGGCCCUGUCCCCAUCCUGUCCCUAACCACAUGCCUUUGUCCUUUUGGAUCCCCCCUUCCCAACGGCCUUCUGCUUGGGGACCUCAGCCCUUCCCUCCUGGUCUAGAACUUGGGGAAAGGAUGUUAAGAUUCGGCACGAAGAAUCUGGGGUGGAUGGGGCUCCAUAAGUGGCACUGAGCCGGGGUGGGCUUCGUCCUCCAGAGGAAGUGUUGGGAGGAUGUGUGAGCAUUAGGGAGGUGGGUGGGUAAAGGGGAGUGGCUCCUAGAACCCGGACUGAAAGUCUCUGCUAGAGUCCGGGCUUCAUGUAUUCAGGUGCAGGUGAUCUCAGAGGCCCCUCCCCGCUUUCCUUGAACACUGGGAGGGGGUCUGGGCUGGGGACCUACCUUUGCUGAUGCCUGUCUGUCCUCCCUUCUCCCCCAUCCACUUCUCCCAUUUCAUUGCCAUCUUUGCAUCUGUCUUUGGAUUCCCUCUGGACGCCAUCCUACCCAUCUCUGUCUUCUUUGCUUCCUGGGCAUCCAUCCCUGGCUCUCAUCCUUCUCUGCCCCUUGGGGCGUCUCUCUCUGCACUUUCCCGCACUGGCUUUCUGGUCCCUUUUCCUGACCUCAUGAUGCCUGCCCUCUGGGUCACUUCUGUGUUUAUCUCUGGUCCCUGGAUCCCAUCUCGGCCUGUUUUCUCCCCCAUCCCUAUAUCUCUGCCUCUGCCUCUCCAUCCUGCAUCCAUUUCUCCGCCUCAACUCCUGCUCAUCCUGGCCCCUCUCUGCUCGUCGGAGCAGCAGCGUCCCAUCCAGCCCUCUUUCACCAAGUCCCUCUGCCGUGAGUCCCACUGGAAGUGCCUCCUGCUGUCGCUGCUCAUGUAUGGCUGCCUGGGGGCAGUGGCCUGGUGCCACGUCACCACAGUGACCCGCCUCACCUUCAGCAGCGCCUACCAGGGCAACAGCCUCAUGUACCACGACAGCCCCUGCUCCAACGGCUACGUCUACAUCCCCCUGGCCUUCCUGCUCAUGCUGUAUGCCGUCUACUUGGUGGAGUGUUGGCACUGCCAGGCCCGCCAUGAGCUGCAGCACCGAGUGGAUGUGAGCAGCGUGCGGGAGCGCGUGGGCCGCAUGCAGCAGGCUACGCCCUGCAUCUGGUGGAAGGCCAUCAGCUACCACUAUGUCCGCCGCACCCGCCAGGUCACCAGGUACCGCAAUGGAGACGCUUAUACCACCACCCAGGUCUACCACGAGCGCGUCAACACGCACGUGGCUGAGGCCGAGUUCGACUACGCGCGCUGCGGCGUCAGGGACGUGUCCAAGGCGCUGGUGGGGCUGGAGGGUGCACCGGCCACGCGGCUGCGAUUCACCAAGUGCUUCAGCUUUGCCAGCGUGGAGGCGGAGAAUGCCUACCUGUGCCAACGUGCACGCUUCUUUGCCGAGAACGAGGGUCUGGAUGACUACAUGGAGGCACGUGAAGGCAUGCACCUGAAGAACGUGGACUUCCGCGAGUUCAUGGUGGCCUUCCCUGACCCGGCGCGGCCGCCCUGGUACGCUUGCUCGUCAGCCUUCUGGGCGGCGGCGCUGCUCACGCUGUCGUGGCCGCUGCGCGUGCUGGCCGAGUACCGCACAGCCUACGCGCACUAUCAUGUGGAGAAGCUCUUUGGUCUCGAGGGCCCGGGCUCCUCGGGCGGCCUGAGCCCUGGCGAUGAGAUGCUGCCCCCGCUGGCGCACCGUCUGCCGCGCGUGGACACUGUGGACAGCACGGAGCUCGAGUGGCACAUCCGCUCCAACCAGCAGCUGGUGCCCAGCUAUUCGGAGGCGGUGCUCAUGGACCUGGCGGGCCGCGGCUCGCAUGCCCGGGGCUUCGCGCCCUCCUGUCGCUAUGGCGGUGUGGGUGGCCCGGGCGCGGCCCCGCUGCGUCGCAGCUGCGAGCAGUGCCAGCGCGCGGCCAGCAGCUCCUCCAUCUUCUCUCGCAGCGCGCUCAGCAUCUGUGCCAGCCCGCGAGCAGCCCCAGGGUCCGGCGGGGGCGUGGGGGGCGCGGGCAGCCGCUUUUCCCUCGGCCGCCUCUACGGCUCUCGGCGCAGCUGCCUGUGGCGCAGCCGGAGCGGCAGCGUCAACGAGGCCAGCUGCCCCACGGAGCAGACCCGUCUGUCCAGCCAGGCCAGCAUGGGGGACGAUGAGGAGGACGACGAGGAGGAAGCUGGGCCGCCGCCAUCCUACCACGACGCGCUCUACUUCCCUGUCCUCAUUGUGCACAGGCAGGAGGGGUGCCUGGGCCACAGCCACCGGCCGCUGCACCGCCACGGCUCUUGCGUGGAGACCUCACUGUGACCCGGGCCCCCGAUGGGUCCGAGCGCCCCUAGCCGGACUCUGUGCCCCGCAUGAAGCAGGGCAGUGCAAGGGUCACCCAGACUGGGCAGGGAAGAGACAGGAGGGCACUGGGAGACCCUGUGGGGCUGAGAGCCACCUGCUCUGGACAGAGACCGAGGAUGUGUGGGCGUGGCUCUCCAGAACCCCAGUCAAAGGCAGAGUGGCUCCUCCAUCCACUCCCCCUCUCCACACACACUCGAGAUUUCCUGUGCAGCCUCCUGGCAGGUCUGCUGUUAGUGGCAACUGUGUGAGAGGUUCAGGGACCCGUGCUGAGCCUCCUCUGGAGGGUGCAUCCCUGGUAGGCUGCGCGGUGAUGUGGAGGCGCAGGAAGGGUGUCUGGGACUUUCCUGCCCCUUGGGGCCUCUGUUGAGGGGAACAAUAGGGCUGGCUGCCACCCAGCUGAUUUAUUCAGUGGGUCUGAGGCCAGGGCCAGGUGGCAGCCCCAACAUAGUCCCCACACCGCGGCAAUGUGGCUGUCGUCUUCUUGGCACUGGGCCCAGAGCUUGGGGCUUCCUUUCUGCCUCCUCCUGCACUGCUGUUUAUGUCACUGGGCCCCAGGAGCAGGUCCUGAGAGAUUGUGCUCACAGCACGCACGUCACUCAUCUCUGUCCCUGGGGACAGGGAACCUCAGCCCUUUUUUGGAAACUCCGUAGCCUCCUCUCGGGCUUGGGCAGGUGCUGGCACCACCGGGGUGGCUGGCCUUAAAGCUGGCCAGGGUGAGCGAUGCAUGAGAUGCACCUAGAUGACAGAUGGGCAGUGGGGCACACAGGGCAGUGGAGAGUAGAGAGAGAGGACCUCUAAAAGGGGGGCCCUUGCCUCCCCAGACCUGUGGGAAGGAGUGACAUGGUCUUGUCCCUCACCCUUUCCUUUGUGGGCUAAGGACCUGGUCACUGGCCCAAGCUGGAGAGACACUGAUUCCAGGGGCAGGGUCAGAGGCAGAAAUUAUCCAACUCUGCCAGACUCCUGGAUCUCCCCUUGUGCCCUGAGCAGAAGCCCUGCUGUGUUUCCUGGGGUCUUCAGAGAGGCAACCUGCCACCACAUGGGGGCGCUUGCUCCGUCCUGUUCCCCAGAGCUCCACAUUGAUGCUUCUCCCUCAUGCUCCCCACCGCCUGCCCCGAUGUGCUUGGUGUGCAUGUCUUUGUACAGCCCCUUGCCUUCCCAGCUGCCCAGGUCCUUUCCCAGCAGACUUAGUGCCUGGGCACUGGGCUCACAUCUCAGCCUAGAGAGGAUGACCCUGGGCACCCAGACACUGUGCCCCAGAUGCUUCUUGCUUCUCUGUUGCCAUCAGAGCUCUGGCAUUGGCCUCUCCUGGCCGCUGCCUGUCUGGCCUCCCCCUGGCUGGCCAGGCCUGCACCUGCCUGAGGAUGUGGGCUGCGCUUGUCUAGGAGUGUGGCCUCCACCUAUGCAACAUCACCUCUAGCUCCUGCCCUCCUUCUCAGGGGGACAUGGGGUGGGGGCAGAUUGUGGGGACAGCAUGGCCCAUGAAUCAUCAGUGGUCAGGCUUUCCAGGCACACAGAGAUGGGCGAGAAAGGAGAGGCCAGAGAGAGUGGUUUGGGCAGAAGGCCACUGCCGCCCACCAGCCUGCCAGCUCCUAAACCCAUUGGGACCCUGAGUCUGUGCUCCUCGGGGCCUGGUGGUGGGAACACCCCUCUCGGGAGGUGCAGAGGGUCUCAUUAUUAUUUCGCCUGUAUCGACCAUUUCUGCUAGGUGUGCUCUGCCAGUCUGCCUUGCCUCCCACAAACGCACAGACUUAGAGAGAAAGCGAUUCUUUGGUCUGUUUUCUUGGUAGCUUUUAUUGAUUGCCAGGGAAAACGAAAACCAGAAAAUUAAUUAAUCUCUAAAAUUAAAUUUUACACUGAAUGUUCUUGUUUCUCUAAUUAGAACCUCUGCUAGCAGCGGUGGCCACACGUACACCCUCACACCUACAUGCUUGCACUCUGGAACUGCUUGAGGGUGUCAGGCACAGAAGGACGCAAGGCCACCUGGACAGGGACAUGUGCGUCACCUCCCCAACCCCCUGUGGUGCUCUGCUCGAGUCUGCUUGCCAGAAGGGGUCCCUGGAGAGUGGGCACUCCUGGGUUGUGGUCGAAACCUGUGACCCAGACCUUGGGGACUUGGGCUUGACCAUUGGGCCCCUUGGGCGUUGUGGCUGACGUGAUUCCUGUGGGUGUGGCCAAGCUGGGCAGCUUCAGAGUGACAGGGACUCAUGCAGGGCACCUGGAAGGCUCCCUGUGUCCGGGGACAAGGGCUGUGGGGAGGCUGGGCCUGGCUGGUAGGAGACAGGUCCUGUCAAUUGGGUGCAUCACAUUGUGGCCUUUCUGUGGUGGAUUUCCAAGCGCAAAGAUUGUACAAAUCUAACUGGUGGAUAAUAAAGUUGCGAUGACUCACCGA